AUGUCUACUCCCCCGCCAUACAUUCCACCUUGCGCAUCUUACGAAAAAUACGCGUUAGCAUCAAGCUAUGGAUACCGACCAUCGCUCGGCGUCGGAAUCUUCUUCAGCAUCUGCUUCGGCCUCUACACCUUUGCAAACAUAUACCAAACCUUUCGCACACGAUGCUGGUGGAUGGGCCUAUUCUUCAGCUGCGGAGCCGGGCUCGAACUUCUAGGAUGGAUCGGUCGUACAGUUGCGCAUACCUGUACAUUCUCGGACGAGAUCAACACCAUGCAGAUUGCGACUCUGAUCAUGGGUCCUGCAUAUACGCAAUCUGGUGUUUACAUUGCGCUGUGGAUGAUCGUGAAGAUUUUGGGCAGAGAGGUCUCGCCUGUGCCUCCAAAGCUUUACUUGUUGGUCAUCUUCAGUGUUGAUUGUGUGUGCUUGAGUCUGCAAGCCAUUGGUGGUGGAUUGGCUGGUGCAGCUUUCGAUCAAGGUACCAGCACCGCGCCUGGCACAACGGUAAUGGUCAUUGGUAUCAUCGCGCAACUGGUCUCUGGCAUGAUCUUCGCCGGAUUUCUGUGUAUCGUCUUUCCGCGAGGCGCAUCACAGAUCAAGGCAAAUCGAUCGCUUCUUUUGAGUUGUAUUGCUAUUGUCAUCAGUACCACCAUGAUGAACCUGAGAGGCUUCUAUCGAUCCAUCGAGUUGUGUCAAGGGUGGAGGGGACCACUCAUUACCCAGCAAGGCUAUGUCAUUGGAUUGGAUGCGGCGCCAAUGCUCAUUGCUAUGGGUGUUCUAGCAGUAUUGAAUCCUGGAAUGUUGCUACGUCGGGUGGAGAAGGAGCAGCUCGUGGAAGGAAAAGCAGGUCGUGGUGAUGUGGAGAAGGGUUCUCCAAUGAGACUCGACUCGGAGGUGAAAGCUUGAUGACUCCCCAGAUGUUGUUGCGUGUGCGAAUGAUGCAUGAUGAUUUGAGCAAGUUUGAGGACAGGAUGAGUCGUCAGCCACAACGUGCUGUGGGGUGAAAAGAAAACUCUAUAGAAGCUCGCUGCAUACCUUUUACAUAAAUUCUCCAGAAGCAGUGAAU